AUGGGUGAAACAGAGCAGAGACCAACAGCAGGAUCCCGGUUAGGAGCUCAGGAAAAUUCUGGGAUCAGUACCUUGGAGCAUGGACAGAAACCACCUAUUACACCUCCAGGAAAACUCGUCUCCAUCAAAAUCCAGAUGCUGGAUGACACACAGGAAACUUUUGAUGUUCCGCAAAGAGCUCCAGGAAAAGUUUUGCAUGAUGCUGUUUGCAACCACCUAAACCUUGUUGAAGGCGACUAUUUUGGCCUUGAAUUUCCAGAUCAUAAAAAGAUGAUGGUGUGGCUUGAUCUCUUGAAGCCUGUUAUGAAACAGAUUAGAAGACCAAAACAUGUUGUUGUAAAAUUUGUGGUAAAAUUCUUCCCACCUGACCAUGCUCAGCUGCAGGAGGAACUGACAAGGUACCUAUUUGCAUUGCAGGUGAAGCAGGACCUGGCACAAGGAAGGCUAACGUGUAAUGAUACCAGCACUGCUCUCUUAAUCUCACACAUAGUACAGUCCGAGAUUGGAGAUUUUGAUGAAACCAUAGAUCGUGAACACUUAGCGAAGAACAAGUAUAUACCUCAGCAAGAAGCACUAGAAGACAAAAUCAUGGAAUUUCACCGUAGUCACAUGGGACAGACACCAGCAGAGUCUGACUUCCAGCUUUUGGAGAUUGCCCGUCGGCUGGAGAUGUAUGGAAUACGCUUGCAUCCAGCCAAGGAUAGGGAAGGGACAAAAAUCAACCUGGCUGUUGCCAACACAGGCAUUCUGGUUUUUCAGGGUCACACCAAGAUCAAUGCCUUCAACUGGGCUAAGGUUCGAAAGCUGAGCUUCAAGAGGAAACGUUUUCUUAUCAAACUACGGCCUGAUGUGAAUAGUUCAUUCCAGGACACCCUGGAAUUCCUUAUGGCGAGUCGAGAUUUUUGCAAAUCUUUCUGGAAGAUCUGUGUGGAGCAUCAUGCCUUUUUCAGGCUUUUUGAGGAACCUAAACCAAAGCCUAAGCCUGUUCUUUUUUCUAGAGGGUCAUCAUUUAGGUUCAGUGGUCGGACUCAGAAGCAAGUUCUUGACUAUGUUAAAGAAGGAGGGCACAAAAAAGUGCAGUUUGAAAGGAAACAUAGCAAGAUUCAUUCCAUCAGGAGCCUGACUGCACAGCCUUCAGAACAUCAUACAGAAGUGCCAAAACAAAGCUCUAGCUUUGCCUAUGGAGAUGACAAUGAUGCUGCAGCAGUGCAGAGCUGCCGGCAAGGGAAGGAGUUAAAGGCUUCAGCAGAAGACACUGGACAGCACAAGAGCCCUUCCUUGAAGAAGAGCCCAAAGGAAGGCAGAAAAAUGGAUGGAGCAGUGGUGUCAACAGUGGAGGAAGAAGAGGAGGCUGCUAAGGACAGGAUGCAGCAGAACAGACCUCAGUCACAGCAACCGAGCACAGGUUCUCUGACUGGCAGUCCUCACCUUUCAGAGCUUUCCAUCAAUUCCCAAGGAGGACCAUCGGUGGCAAAUAUGUCUUUAUCUCCAAACUUGAGCCCUGAUGCCAAGCAGCCAUCUCCCUUGAUCAGCCCUUUGCUGAAUGACCCAUCAUGCAUCAGGACUGAUGAUGAGGAAGAGGUCAAAAGAAAGAGAUUCCCAACUGAGAAAGCUUACUUCAUUGCUAAAGAAGUAGCGACCACAGAACGAACAUACCUGAAAGACCUCGAAGUCAUCACAUCGUGGUUUCAAAGUGCAGUGAGCAAAGAAGAUUGCAUGCCUGAAACACUGAAAAAUCUCAUUUUCUCCAACUUUGAACCUUUGCACAAAUUUCACACUGGUUUUCUCAAGGAAAUUGAGCAGAGACUUGCUCUGUGGGAAGGCCGCUCUAAUGCUCACAUUAAAGGAGAUUACCAAAGAAUCGGAGAUGUUAUGCUAAAGAACAUUCAGAGUAUGAAGCAACUGACAAUUCACCUGAGGAAGCACAAUGAGAUUUUAAUGGAAUUGGAGAAUGGGAUCAAGAACUCUCGCAAGCUGGAGGCAUUUUGCAGGGAUUUUGAGCUACAGAAAGUCUGCUACUUGCCUCUCAAUACCUUCCUUCUCAGACCUUUACACAGGCUUAUGCACUACAAGCAGAUAAUGGAGAGGCUUUGCAAACACUACCCACCAAGCCACAUAGACUUCAGGGAUUCAAGAGCUGCUUUGGCUGAGAUUUCUGAAAUGGUGGCUCAGCUCCAUGGCAAUAUGAUAAAGAUGGAGAACUUCCAGAAGCUGCAUGAACUCAAGAAAGACUUGAUAGGCAUAGACAACCUGGUGAUCCCAGGAAGG